AUGAUGCAAGAGUUAGACAGGGAUACUAGCAAUCCAAUGAUCGAGAAAAAGUCCAGUACAUCAAGCGUGGCACCGAUCGUCAAAUGGAAAGUGCUGGCUAUUGUCUUUAUCUUGAUUAGUGUUGUGCUGCUUAUUACUUUGAUAGUAGUAGUCACAAAGCAGAGAAAAACCAAAGCAGAACCAAAUGAAACAAAAAGUCCAGAUUCCAUAAGAAAUGCCUCUGUACCGUCAUGCGCAGAUGGAAUGUCGAAUCCUUCAGAGCCACCCAAGUCCGCUGGUGUGUUUGAUGACCUUACAGUCUUUGAGAUCACCUCCGUAAGAGAUUAUCUUUUGAUGCAAACUGAACUGAACCUCACGAGAUAUGAAGAAGCCACUGUCAAUAGCAACUAUAUUUAUCUUGUAAAGUUGUUGCCUCCCUCUAAAAAUGAGGCUCUGGCAUAUCUGGACGAAGACGGUCCCAAGCCUAAAAGGAAAGCUAUCGCGAUCGUGUUUCAUGGUGCUACAUUCCCGCCUAUGGUAAGGGAAUAUGUCAUCUCUCCUGUCACUAAUCCCAAUAACCACAAAAUAAGAAACAUUCCUGGAAAGCUUAGAGAUUUCGUGCCCUUCAAUGCUCGUCCUUUCGACGGCUCUAUAGAGGGUAACGUUUUGAAUGAGGCAAUCAUAAACACUGCAUCUCAAGCUCUCUUAAAGCUAAUGCGAGAGAGUUAUGAUGGCUACACCUACACCAAUUGCACUGAUAAGUGCCUUUCAUUUUCUUACACUGCACCAAUGGGUUUUACUAGUAAAGAUCGAUACACGUGGAUUUUUUUCAUGCGCAAGGUUACAGGCGAAUACAGUCAUCCCCUAGACCUUCAGUUGUUAGUUGAUCACUCAGGUGCAGAUGUCAGAAAAUGGAAAGUCUUGAAAGUCAUUUACAACAAUCAAACGUUUGAUUCUGUUGAUGAGUUGGUGAACGAGUACAACAAGGGCACCAUACGCAAAAUCAAGAUACCUUCACCUAUCGGGGAAGGCCCACUAUUUUCAAGCUAUGAACGCAGAGGAGACCCCCAACCAGUCAAGCCUAUGCGAGGCCCUGAGAUGUAUGAGCCUGACGGAAAGCGGUACACUGUCAACGGACGCCACGUUAACUACAUGUCUUGGUCCUUUGAUUUCAGGAUGGACUCUAACAGUGGCAUGCAAAUAUACAACAUAAAAUUCAACGGAGAUAGAAUCAUCUACGAACUCAGCCUCCAAGAAGCCGCGGCCACGUACGGCGGCUAUUAUCCAAACCCUUCCUGGAACAACUUCCUUGAUGGUAACUUUAGAAUGGGUAUGAACAAUUUUGAGUUAGUGCGAGGCGUAGAUUGUCCCAAUACCGCCACGUUCUUUGACCUAGUGCACAUGAUCGGGGCCCCAAAGCCGCUGACAUUUCAGAACGCUGUCUGCGUGUUCGAGUUGAACACUGGAAUGCCCUUGCGACGACAUUAUGAUAACAAUUUUAUGGGGGGCUAUCGGUUUUAUGGUGGAAUGGCUAACCAGGUUCUCGUUUUACGUUCAAUAACCGCAGCUUACAACUAUGAUUAUGUUUUCGACUUCAUCUUUUACCAAAAUGGUGUCAUAGAAGUCAAGAUUGCAGCGUCUGGUUAUAUCUUCGGUUCAUUCUACGACUCUAAUACUGAUCCAUACGGGUAUACACUUUACGAACAUUUCACUAGUGGCACACACGAUCAUCUUUUCAACUACAAGGUUGACUUAGACGUUGGUGGAAGAAAAAACUCUUAUGAGACAAUUGAGAUCGGAAUAGAAAAUAUCACAGAGCGGUGGUUUCCUAACAAACGGCGUGUCCAAAAGGUUCUAAAGCGCAGCGUCAAAAACACAGAGUUAGACGCCACUUAUAAGUUUAACUUUGAUACCCCAAAGUAUCUGAAUUUCUUCAAUGAUGCAGAGAAGAACAGGGUGGGCGUGAAGAAGGGGUAUCGCAUACAACUGGGAGGAAUACUGAAACAAUUGUAUCCUGAAGACUGGAUGAUGGUACCCAUGAUGAGUUGGUCUCUUUACCAAAUGGCUGUCACUAAAUAUAAAGAAAAUGAGACGCAGAGUAGCUCCACCUACAACAUGAACGCCCCUGCAGAUCCACAGGUUAGUGAGGGGAAGCGCGAGUCAGAGAUUGGAACGAGUCACCCAAUGACUUACGGGCUGAUGGCCUAACUUUAGGAUCUUUAAAGGAAAGACAUUUGAGUAUUUACAAGAACAAGACAAAACACAGCAUAAAUUAAUUUAUUUUAUCUUAUUUCAUUUUUUUAACACCUUUUUUAUUGUAAAUAUUAGCCUUCCCCCUUUUUUUACUUUGUACUACUGUUUUUCUUUUUUUAAUCUUGAAAUAUUUUAUUUUAUACCAGCUGUUUUUAUACUCAGCUGAUCAAUUUUUCGCAGUAUAAAUAAAGUAUUUAUUAUUAUUAUUAUUAUUAUUAUUAUUAUUAUUAUUAUUAUUCAUGGCCUCUUUUCCCCCUCCCCCACAGGCACGGUCUAUAGGAUAAAGAUUGAUCUUCAAUGUGAUUCAAUCCUCGCCAUCAUUGUUUUUCCUUCUUAUAUUACAUCACAAAAGUCUUACAAAAUUGCAAGGUUUGAUAUAUACAAUUAAUGUUUAUUUGUUUUUCAUCCCCGCAGUUAGACUUCCGUCAAUAUCUUCUGGAUAACGACUCCAUCUUGAACGAGGAUCUAGUUGCCUGGGUGACCGUCGGCGCGAUUCAUGUGCCACAUUCAGAAGAUCUUCCUAACACGGCGACAGCUGCCAACUCGGUCAACUUCUUCAUCAGACCUUUCAAUUACUUUGAUGAAGAUCCUUCUAUUGGAUCCACUGAUGCCUUGCUGAUCACACCUACAAUGCAAGGUGGUCAAAAGGUGGAACGUUAUGGUACUCCAGAUGGUCCGCAAUGUGUACCCAAGGAAAACAAACUUGAUUAUAAUGGCACCUACUAUGGAUAAACCAGCACCGUAAUUUUUAGGGAGUUAUUAUAACUCCAAAAAUGGAGUAAAAAUUUUAGGUACAGGAUAACAACUUUUUGGGGGUUACUUUAACUCCUAAUUUAACUCCGAAUUUGGGGUAUUUUUACUCCUGAAAAAGAGUUCUUUUUACUCCCAGUCUGGAGUUAAGUAACUUCGAAAUGGGGUUAUUUUUACUCCUUACAUGGUUGUUUUUACUCUUUUUGGAGUUACUUUAACUCUGAAAAAGGAGUAAAACUUUUAGGUACUGGAUAACUCCUUUUUGGGGGUUAUUUUAACUCCUCAAUAUCUGGGGUCACUUUUACUCCUGAAAAAAGAAUUCUUUAAACUCCUUUAGAGAAACUCCACGGUAAGGAGUUACAUUCGCCCCACUAGAGGAGUUAUUGUAACUCCUUGAAAAUUACUGUGAUAUUAAUUGACAGUGCGCCUUGUUUUUAUUACUUCAAACAACUGUAGUGCGUUUAGUGUUAGAUCACGAGAUCAGCGUGAAGAUGUUUCUUUCAAAACCAAGUUCUUUAAAUAUAGUGAGCCCGGCGUCAUUGUCUUGCCACUAGGGUUGGUUACAGAGACCUUUCACUUAGUCUCGCAAAUUGCUGAAAUUAUUUCAAGUUUCGCCAGUCUUCGAUUUUGUCAUGGUGAUGCCCAACAUGCUUUGCACGAGGGAGGUUAGUAGCGACUCGACGGUUUCUUGUUCUAAAUGAGAAGCGAAACGAUAUAAGUUAUAUCCUCUUUUGCAUUUUAAUACACAGCCGGAAUAACCCUGGUGAACCCUUUUGUUUGCGCAGAUUGUUUCCGCAGUAAUAAACGUGACCAACAAUUGUCGUUUCAAGGAAAACCCUAUUUACACGAACCAAGUCUUCCUUUUCAAGGAGGUUUUAGGACUUAGUCAAAUGUGCUAGCAAUUAUGACUACAACUAUGAUUACUGAAUAUCUUUUGAUAAGUUACCUACGAUAGAACAAGAUGAACCCUGGGUCCUCUCAGGAUUUGGUCACAUGAUAGGUCACGUGAUAAAAAUCUAAAACUAAGAGCAAUGGUGAAGUACUGGAUGCCGAUGAAAAAUCAGGUUUGAAAUGAGUGUACCC